AUGGCGUCCGCGUUCAGGGAAGAGCAUCACGACAGUGAUGUCGAUUCGUACCACGCCACCACUCACCAGGCCACCACCGCGCGUGUUACCGGCGGUAACGGCAACGGCCGCGGCAGCAACCAGCAUGCUGGCCAGCAGCUAGACGGCGAGGAUUUGCCUCCGCUCGAGAAUGCGUCGACCGCCGACACAGACGACCACAUCAUCAACAAGAACAGCCCGCGCCGCGAGCUCACUCGAGAAAAGGUCGCCGGCGCCGCGAGAAAAGGAAGAGACUGGAGUACUGCGCAUAUCAAGCACAAGUGGAAGUGGUAUCUCUUGGGAACCAUCAUCUUCCUUGCCAUUCUGCUGCCCAUUGUCUUCAAGGUCGCGCUGCCUGCCAUUGUCCAACUCAUUGUGAACCAGCAGACACUUCCCGUCCGGAGUGGUUCACUGGACGUCGUUGGGCCCGAGACACUCAAGAUCACCCUUGACAGCUCUUUCCGCAUCCCCCCGGGUCUCAAGGCUAAGACCAACGAGUUUGUCCUGCAACUCUACGACAAGAGCGCGCCCGAGUUUGACCCUUUCCUGUCCGUUGAAGUGCCCCCUCUGAAGCUCGACGGCGGCAACACCAAUUUUAGCAUCACAGACCAGGUCCAGCCCAUCACCAACGUGGCGUCCGUGACGUCUUGGUUCAGCGGUUUCUACGAUGCACCGGGUGAAUACGACCUCAGCGUCCGUGGUACCAAGGCCGUCAUUUCUCUCGGCGCCCUCAAAUCGGAGCCUCGCCUGGACAAGACCAUCAAGCUGCAGGGUCUGAACAAGCUUCAAGGACUCGAAAUUCGCAAGAUGGAAUUUCUCUUCCCGACCCAGAAUGGCGUCAACGUCAAGGGCGAUCUCAUGCUUCCCAAUGUCAGCCCGCUCGCGCUGUCCUUUGGAGAUAUUACACUGGAUGUGACGUCGGGCGACCUCAAGGUUGGCACCUUUAGCUUGGCCGGCAUCAAGAUCCUGCCGGGUAACCACACACAGUCGUUUGAGGGAUUCAUCGACCUCAAUACCAUUGUCGGUAACCUGAGCUCGUUCCUCGGCAGCCAGUCCCUGCCCCUCGGCGAGGGUGUCGUGCAGCUUAACGCCACGGCCAGCAAGAUUGUGGUCGGCGACGAGCACAUUACGUUCCUAGAGGAGAUUCUGAGCAAGCGUCCGCUGACCGUCAACGUUUCCGUCGUCACCCUGCUGAGCGACAUUCUCAGCGGCCUGCUCAAGGGCGGCGGCGCCAUUACCGGCGACGGCCCCAACAACGGUACCGACUUCAUCAACAUCAUCUCCAACGUUUUUGCCAACCAGACGCUCCUCGGCGGCAUUGCCGGCCAUUGGACCAAGCAAAAGGCGCGCAGCAUCGACUCUGGCUCUGGCCUGGAAUCGCGCUCCCUGCUAGGUGACAACGCAAUGUGGAACAUGGUCAAGCUUGGACUCAAGCUCAAGGCCAUGCAGAAGAAGUAA